AUGCUGGAGGAGUGUGUCGGUGAGGGUGGUUUUGUUGUGCUGAAUCGCGACACUGGGCAGCUGCAUAGCACCCUCCUACCACCCACCCACCCACCAACCCACCAACUCACCAACCCACGCGACGCUAAUGACCUGGUCAGUUUUAUCGCCCUCUGCUCACGUCUUCACGACCAUAUGCCCUGCAGCCCCCAGUCCGACUGGUCCACGCUUACACCUACCCAGACGGCAGUGCACACCACAGCCACAAGUACCGCCUUCCACUGCUCGAGUGCACAGUGUGGACGCCGGAUGUGCGAACUUUCACCACAACGCACCGACUCACAGGUCAUCGUUGACGGUAGUGCAAGCCGUGGAGUGGGUAUUGUCGGUCAGUCAGUCAGUCAGUCGUAUCGCUAA